AUGCUGGAUGCACUACUCGGAAAAACCUUCGCCGCCGAAUGUAAACUGUUACUCAAAUUAACCAAGAAUCGGAUUGAAGUGAUAAGGAGGAAGAGAAGAGCUACGGAGAAGUUUCUCAAGAAAGAUGUAGCUGAUCUUUUACACAGUGGUUUAGAUAUCAAUGCCUACGCAAGGGCGGAAGGACCGUUGGUUGAGUUGGGUUUUGUGGAGAAAUCUUGUGAGCUUGUGUUGAAGCAUUUAUCAGUCAUGCAGAAGAUAAGCAAGCUGUAG